CGCGGGGCGCGGGCUCGGGGCCACGCAGAGGAGCCCAGUGUCCAGUGAAGCCGCCGAGGACCGCCGCCCGCGCCGCCGCCAUGGUGAUGUCCCAGGGCACCUACACGUUCCUCACGUGCUUCGCCGGCUUCUGGCUGAUCUGGGGUCUCAUCGUCUUGCUCUGCUGCUUCUGCAGCUUCCUGCGCCGCCGCCUCAAACGGCGCCAGGAGGAGCGACUGCGGGAGCAGAACCUCCGAGCCCUGGAGCUGGAGCCCCUGGAGCUCGAGGGCAGCCUGGCCGGGAGUCCCCCGGGCCUGGCGCCGCCGCCGCCCCCGCACCGCGGCCGCCUGGAGGCGCCGGCGCACGCCCACCAGCACGUGCACGUGCACCCGCUGCUGCACCACGGCCCCGCGCAGCCGCACGCGCACCCGCACCCGCACCCGCACCACCACGCGCUUCCUCACCCACCGCCACCGCACCUCUCGGUGCCGCCGCGGCCCUGGAGCUACCCGCGCCAAGCGGAAUCGGACAUGUCCAAGCCGCCGUGUUACGAAGAGGCGGUGCUGAUGGCGGAGCCGCCGCCGCCCUACAGCGAGGUGCUCACGGACACGCGCGGCCUCUACCGCAAGAUCGUCACGCCCUUCCUGAGCCGCCGCGACAGUGCGGAGAAGCAGGAGCAGCCGCCGCCCAGCUAUAAGCCGCUCUUCCUGGACCGGGGCUACACGUCGGCGCUGCACCUGCCCAGCGCCCCGCGGCCCGCGCCGCCCUGCCCUGCCCUCUGCCUGCAGGCCGACCGCGGCCGCCGGGUUUUCCCCAGCUGGACCGACUCGGAGCUCAGCAGCCGCGAGCCCAUGGAGCACGGAGCCUGGCGCCUGCCGGUCUCCAUCCCCUUGUUCGGGAGGACUACAGCCGUAUAGAGCGGCGCCCACCCCCGGCGGACUCCUGGCCUCACGGCGGGGCUUUUUAACCGCUUCCCUUGGACUGCGGGG